CAAAAAAGCUUUAAAAAAGGGAUUGUUGUCAAGCUGAUUAUUUCAUCGCAUUUCACUAGCAGAUGCCAGGUGGAUCUCAUCGAUUACCAAUCUCAACCCGAUGGAAAGUUCAAGUUUCUUCUCGUGUACCAAGACCACUUAACUAAAUUUUUCGUAUAGAAACCGCUCACAUCAAAAUGGGCAGAUGAAGUAGCCUAUAACUUGCUUGAUAUUUUUCUCCUUUUUGGCGCUCCAAGUAUUUUACAUUCCGAUAACGGCCGCAAAUUUUGUAAUAAAAUCUUAGAAAGUGUAACACAGUUGUGGCCAAAAAUCAAAAUGGUUAAUGGCAAACCUAGACACAGCCAAAGUCAAGGAAGUGUUGAACGAGCGAAUCAAGACAUUGAAAACAUGCUCACUACUUGGAUGGCUGAUAACCAAACUAACAAGUGGAGUGAGGGCGUUCGAUUUGUACAAUUCAUGAAGAAUCGUGCCUAUCAUUCUGAAAUUCAAAGAAGUCCAUACGAAGCCAUGUUCGGUUGUCCCACAAAAGUGGGAUUGUCUUCUUCUAUUAUACCACAGAGUGUAUUACAUUCGAUAAAUACUGAAGAAGACCUUGAAAACUUAGAAGAUUCACAAGAGACUGUGAUGAUGGGAUCACAGUCAAAUCUGAUUCAAGAGGACAUUCCGUUAUCCCCUGCUUCUACAGAAUCGCCUAUAGAAAGACAAGCUUUUCUCGAUAGUAAACUUAAACUGCCUUCUACACCGUUGAUUGAGGAUACAGUUAUGAAGAAUAUUCAGUUACCCUACCACCUCUGCAUGUUGAAGAAGUCAUCACUGAGUUACCCUCAACUUCGACAGAAUCACCAUCACAGUUUCAUACAGAGCCUGUAAAGAAGACUAUACAAGACAUGGUCUGUAUUGUUUGCUCAAAAGCAGCAUCAGGUGCUCACAAGUGUAAUUCGUGCGCUAUGUUUGUUCACGUAAUUUGCGGUGAAAACGAUCCUAAUAAGAAAGGGUAUGGUAAGAAU